CAUGGCGUUUGAAAUACAGUUAGAAGUUGUUGGUUUGUUAAAAACGCAUAAUUUUCAUGCGGCUACAAGUAUUGCAGAGGGACUGAAACAAAAGUUCCAAGUUUCAUUUUCUGAUCCUAUCAUUCGCCCGUUGCUUGAAAGUGACUGGCAUGUCUAUAUGACGAAUAAAACAAGGGAGCUCAGGGGGGAGAUGUGGCAGUACCCCGGGAAUGUCGUGUGCUUCGUGAACGGGAGUUUACUGGGUGAUGAGAAGCAGCUCUGCACUUGGGCAGAGAAACAGUGGAUGUUUACUUUCUUCCGUCCACGAGCGCUUUAUGAGGCUCUCGCCCAGGAGUGUUACACCAAACACCUGCGCAGCACAGGGCAUAUAUUUGUAUAUAUGGAUGUUGUGAUUGGAGGCGAGGCAGUUGGGCGAAUGCUGUUUGAGCUCUUCUCAGAUCUGUGUCCAAAGACAUGUGAUAACUUUAAAGCCCUGUGCACUGGAGAGGCAGGCACCUCUCAAAGCCAACUCACACUUUGCUAUAAGGAUUCCUUAUUCAACAGAGUAGUGCCUAAUGGUUGGGUGCAGGAAGGAGACAUUACAUUACAAAGCAGAGGCGAUGGUGGGGAGUCCAUCUAUGGUCCAACAUUUGAAGAUGAGAAUUUCUCUGUGUCUCACAACAAGCGAGGCAUCCUGGGCAUGGCCAACCGAGGUCCCCACACUAACAGCUCUCAGUUCUACAUCACGCUACAGCCAGCCUUGUGGAUGGACAAAAAAUAUGUGGCCUUUGGGCAAGUCGUUGAAGGUACAGAGGUUCUUAGGAGACUAGAAGAGGUGCCCACUUAUAACGAAAGGCCAAAACAAGACUGCAAGAUAGUCACAUGUGGAUUGUUGGAUCCUUGAUUGACUGUCAUGGUAUACAAUUUAUUAAAAAGAAAAUGUUUCACUUGUGUCUACUGUCGUACACACUCCAGUAUCUUAGAAUGGUCUUUUACAUCAAAGCCUUCACAUUAAAACUAACCCUGUAGAAGGUUUAGAAUUUUA